AUGUCGGAAUUCGAGGUGCCCGCGUCUCUGCCGGCGGGGCAGAGUGCCGUAACCGGCGAUAUUAGAAACGAAGUCAAGAAGCCCAAGAAGAAAAAGGUCCUGCUCAUGGGCAAGAGUGGCUCUGGAAAAUCGAGCAUGAGGAGCAUCAUAUUCAGCAACUACAUUGCAAGAGAUACGCGAAGGCUCGGCGCGACCAUUGAUAUUGAUCUAUCCCAUGUCAAGUUCCUUGGCAACUUGACCCUAAACCUAUGGGACUGUGGUGGCCAAGAAGCCUUCAUGGAGAAUUAUCUCUCGCAGCAGCGCGUGCACGUAUUUUCAAACGUUGGCGUGCUCAUCUACGUCUUUGAUAUCGAGUCUCGGGAUGUCGAUCGGGACAUGGCAACCUAUGUCUCCAUUAUGUCGGCACUUACCCAAUACUCACCCGGGGCCAAGGUCUACGUGCUCAUCCACAAGCUUGAUUUAAUCAUGACGCAUGUGCGCGAGAAUGUCUUCAUGGAGCGUGUACGCCUCGUGCGGCAGAAGACGGCCGAAUUCAGGCAAGGAUCAGGAUUCACGGGAGACCUUGAUGUGACCCCCUUUGCCACAUCCAUAUGGGAUCAGUCCCUAUACAAGGCAUGGGCUAGCAUCAUACACGAUCUUGUGCCAAACUUGUCCGUUAUCGAGUCUCAGUUGGAAGCGCUAGGCAUCCUGAUUGAGGCCGAGGAACUGCUCUUAUUCGAGCGGACCAGCUUCCUGGUCGUGUCCAACUGGACUUCGGAAGAGGGGCAUAACAAUCCCACAGCUGACCGUCAGGAGCGCAUCUCCAACAUUCUCAAACAUUUUAAGCAGAGUAUCAGCCGCUUUACUGGGACUCCGAGAAAUGCAGAGCAGUUCACCUUGAUGGAGCACAAGGCUGGCGGUCGAUUUUCCAUAUUCUGCCUCAAGUUCACUACCAAUACAUAUCUCAUGGUGAUAUUGCCGCCGGGUGAGGCGCGUUUCAACGCGGCCAAGCUAAAUUGUCAGAUUGCUCGAGAAAGCUUCAAGUUCCUUGACGGGCCCGUGUCUGCCCCCGGACAAGCUCAGAUUACCGCAUGA